CUCCCGCCUGCUUUUCCCCUAGUUAUGGCGUCCCCAGCUCUGACCUUCGUCCGGAGCUUGUGCUGGCGGGCGCCCUGCGGGACAAGAGUGUACACCUUGCGAAGUCCCCAGUGACUGGUGUUGCAGGAGAGCACAGGCAUUUGUCAUGGACUCAGACUGCACUGCCAAGUUGUGACUCCUCUUGCUUCUGUCUCUCUGGUGGGAGCUAGCUUUUUACCCAGCUGGGGGAGGUUGCCCAGCCCUCGCCACUCUUCUGUGGGUGCCACUACAGCCAAGGUGCCCUUUUUCCUGUUGAAGGUGUUUUGUAUUUUUUUGAUGCUGGAAGUGGAGUCCACAAGUUGGCUAAAUAACCUCCUGGCUAUUUAAGGGAUGAACUCAUGAAACUCAGACUGAGUCUUCUGAACACACUAACUUGGAUGUUGGUUACAGUGAGAGUUGUUUACCCCAUGUUUGUCUGGGUGCGCUGCUGUCUUAAAAAAGGCUUACAGGCCAACACAAGCUGUUUGUGUUCCAGCAAUUCACCUGCACAUGACUGCAGCCACCAUGCAGGUCAGCGAGAAGGACUUCCAAAAAGCUCAGGAACAGCUGAAGCUUUUGAAAAAGGAUCCUGGGAAUGAAACUAAGUUGAAACUGUAUGCCCUGUUUAAACAGGCUACUGAAGGUCCCUGCAAUGCUCCAAAACCAGGUAUGCUGGACUUCGUCAAGAAAGCUAAGUGGGAUGCAUGGAACUCUCUUGGCAGUUUGUCUAAGGAUGAUGCCAGACAGAAAUAUGCAGAACUUGUCUCAAGUCUGGUCUCUGCAGAAUCUGCUAGCCAGAAGAAAGAGGCUUCUCCAGAAGAGGGCAGACAUGAUGGCUAUGAAACAUUAAUAGUUACUACCAAAAACAAUAUCACAAAGAUAAUGUUUAACAGACCUGAUAGGAAAAAUGCCAUCAACCAUCAGAUGUACAGAGAAAUUAUCAAAGCACUUCAAGAAGCUGGAAAAAAUGAUUCUACUAUAGCAGUUAUUACUGGAAAUGGAGACUACUAUAGUAGUGGAAAUGAUCUGAAUAAUUUCACUAAUGUCAAGCCUGGUGAAAUGGAGAAGAUGGCAAAAGAUGGAGCAGUAUUACUCAAAGAGUUUGUGGGUCAGUUUAUUGAUUUUCCUAAGCCACUGAUUGCAGUGGUAAAUGGCCCAGCUAUCGGAAUUUGUGUAACAGUCCUUGGUUUGUGUGACCUUGUCUAUGCUUCUGAUAGGGCUACGUUUCACAGCCCAUUUAGUCAACUUGGGCAGAGCCCAGAAGGAUGUUCCUCGUACCUGUUUCCAAAAAUUAUGGGCUUAGCCAAGGCAAGCGAGAUGUUGCUUUUCAAUAAAAAGCUGACUGCAGCAGAAGCCUGUGCCCAGGGACUUGUGACUGAAGUCUUCCCUGACAGCAGUUUUCAGAAGGAAGUUUGGGCAAGAUUAGAAGCUUAUGCAAGCCUCCCCAAAAAUUCCUUGGCAGUGUCCAAGCAGCUGUUACGAAGUAUGGAAAAGGAGAAGCUCCAUGCAGUCAACAGCAGAGAGUGUGAAGUGCUGACGGAGAGGUGGUUGUCUGAUGAAUGUGCAAAUGCUAUCGUCAGCUUCUUCCAGAAGAAAUCGAAGCUCUAAUCUUCACCAGUAAUUUGCCACUUGGCAGCAGCCUAAUGUGCUCUCAUCAUUAAUAAACUUCCUCUUCGAAUAGUAAUUCUUAUACCUUUUCAUGUGGUAUAUCUCUGUUCUGAGUACUAGCUUAAACCUGGUUCCCAAAACUAAUACACUGUUAUGUGCCUUGGAUCCAUUGUAGCUAUUUAGGUUGGGGAAAAAGGUUGAUUAUUCUGUAGGCAUCAGUGAUGUUUGUGAAUAAUACUAAAGCAGAUUCUUCCAAAAGAAGCAAGAGAUUCUGUAGCACUCUAUUUUGAUAACUCUUCAAUAAAUAUCUUAUGAACAAUUCUUUUUAUUUGUCUCUGGGAAAGGAAAUACUGUAUUAAUGAAAAAAUAGAAGUAUUUAAUUAC